AUGCAUCACCCAGCGAUUUUGGUAGCGCUUGCCCUUGUCGCACCUGCGCUGUCGAAGACGGCCGACUCAUCUCUCUAUUCCAACGAAGCACCGCUGCUAUGGGGACCCUACCGACCCAAUCUCUAUCUGGGCCUUCGCCCCAGGGUUCCCGAGAGUCUCGUGGCGGGGUUGAUGUGGGGAAAGUUAGAUGAGCAGGAGAAGAAACUGCGACAUGCAGUAGAGCAGAGCGAUGGCAUGGCCAUGUACGGUUGGAGCACAUACGACGUACGCGCCGGCGGUACCCAGAUCAUUCAAGACGUUGGAAACCAAAUCGAUAUCACGACCGAGUUCAUAAAGAAGUCUGAGGGUCAGAGUGCAGGCAACUGGGCGCUUCGAAUCAAAGGCAAGCCGCGCAAUGGGGCACCGGCAGACUUGAAGACCUCUGUCAUCUUUUAUAUCGGCAUGGAAGCUAAGGAGAAUUGUGCGGACUGCCAGCUUGACGCUUUCGAACAACUUGGUGGUGGCGACGACAAGUCUGUCGAGGCAGUGAAUCUCGCAAUCAAGCAUCCACGGUUGGGCUCAGCCGGCAUACACAUCUCAACACCGGUCGGGGAGAACGGGCGACACGAGGGUACAAUCGUGCACACGUUAAAUACCACUGAAGACAAACUGUGGCAGGCAAAAUCCACUUUCCUGGACUUGUUGAAGGUUCAGUCGAAGGAUUUAACAAGUGCCGGAAAUAUGGACGUGGUGCUCCGCAACUCGCCAGGAUCAGGCAACAUGCACUUCGUGCAGAUGAUCGUUCACGGCAGCUUCGACUUUGACGUGCUCUACUCGACUUGGACGGCGACGCGUGCUAUGACAACCUCGGAGAUGGCCAGCAGUAUCCAAGAUUCUGUAGUAGCAUACAGAAAGGCAUACUCUCGCGUAUUUACGCUGAAAGCUCCAUUCAACACCGACCAGCACGCUACGUUUGGUGAGAAACUGCUUGCCGAUUUGUUAGGCGGCAUUGGUUACUUUGAGGGCACCUCGAAAGUUGACACUUCGAAGAAGGCCAUCUACGCCGAAACGACUGGGAAGUUCUGGGAGAAGACUGAGGAUGCUAAGGAGCACGCCACGCCCGAGACAAGGGGACCAUACGAGCUCUUCACGCAUACUCCCGCUCGGGCUGUUUUUCCGAGAGGCUUCCUCUGGGACGAAGGGUUCCACCUCAUUCCAGUACUCGAGUGGGAUAUUGACUUGGCUAUGGAAGUUAUAAAUAGCUGGUUGAGCACCAUGGACAAAGACGGUUGGAUACCUAGAGAGCAGAUACUGGGUACUGAGGCUGAACAUGGCACGUCAGGCGACCUCGCUACGCAAUAUCCACAUAUCGCUAACCCGCCAACAUUGUUCCUCGCAAUCUCAAGAUUUGUCGACAUGCUUGAAGGCAAGGCGAAAUAUCAUGGUCAUAGCUCUACACUCUUACAACCCGAGGCGGGUAGGAAGUUCAUCGCGAAGCUGUACCCACUGCUGAAGAAGCACUACGAAUGGUGGCGAAAAUCUCAGUCGGGUGAUGUCGAAGCGCACUCCGUUCCGUCAGCAAGUCUGAAUGAAGGUUACAGAUGGCGAGGCCGUACGCCAGAGACCACCUACCCAAGUGGCUUGGACGACUAUCCACGCGUCGAGCCUCCAGACAUGACCGAGUUGCAUCUCGACGCGCUCUGCUGGGUUGGUCUGAUGUCCCGUACGCUCGAAAAGAUAGCCUUCUUCACAGGAACCACGCACGACGCUUUUACCUACCAAAAUCACAUCCGAGGCGUCAAAACCAAUCUCGAGGUUCUGCAUUGGCAGAGCAAGCAAAACGUGUAUUGCGACACGGUAGUGCGCGACGACAAACACACCUAUGUCUGCCACAAAGGCUACCUCUCUCUCUUUCCCUUCAUGACCGGCUUCAUCGAUGCUGCUCAUCCUCAUCUCGACGCAACGCUCUCCCUGCUCCGCGAUCCAAACCACCUGUGGACCGAUCACGGCAUCAAGUCUCUCUCGCAGGAAAGCAAAAAGUACGGCGUCGGCGACAAUUACUGGCGCUCGCCCAUCUGGAUCAACAUGAACUAUCUCAUCCUCACGCAGCUCCAUGCUCUCGCGAAGACGCCGGGCCCGCAACAACAGCGUUGCAGAGACAUGUACGUUGAACUGCGUCGUAACAUUGUGCACACAGUCUUCAGCUCGUGGCUGCAGACGGGUUACGCAUGGGAGCAGUACGAUCCUGUUGGUGGUCAUGGACAGCGAACGCAGCACUUCACGGGGUGGACGAGUCUGGUGGUUAGUAUCAUGGCGAUGCCGGAUCUGGAGCAGGGAGAAGGGGUCAAGGAAAGGGUCAAGGAGAUAUACGAGGAGGCGAAGAAACAGGCGGUGCAGAACCGGGGGUAUAGUGCGGGCACAGUGGCGUUUCUGGUCAUGCUAGUGGUGUUUGUGUAUGUUACGAGGAGAAGGUUUGCGGGAACGUGGAGGAGUUGGAGAAGGGAGAAGAGGAGUGGGGACAGGAAUGUGUGA